UUUUGUCAUAUUCAAACCUCUUCUUCUCUUUUUACAUGGAAGAAAAGACAGGAAACUACGAUACCACGUCUCUAUCGAAUCCCAAGCGGGAGAACGAUAAUAAUUCCACCAAUGGUUCCGCUGAUACUGUUAUCGAAGGCGAAUACGGCCGACGAAACGACUAUGGCGAAAACGAUGGCAAUGCCGUCAAUAUCGAUGCUGCUUUGGAUGAAUACCAAAAUUUAAAGCGGGAAUUGACCAACAUUAGCCGCCGUUCUGCGUCUCAAAGCAAACUCGAAGAAGGCGCUGCCGGUGAUGAAUUUAGUCUCGACGAUUUCUUGCACGGCAUGAACCGCGAGCAGCAAGAAGCUGGUCAUACUCCCAAACAUUUGGGCGUCAUUUGGAAAGAUCUUGUUGUCGAGGGUCUUGGUGCCGAAGCUCACACCAUUCCUACUGUCUUCAGUUUCCUUUACAAUGCUAUUGCUGUCUGGAAGAGAUUCCAAAAGAGUAAUACAAGCAAGAAAGUCAUUCUUCGAAACCUGAAUGGUUUCUGUAAAGAUGGUGAAAUGCUUCUCGUGCUGGGUCGUCCCGGUGCUGGUUGUACCUCUUUGCUUCGUGUCAUUGCCAACAUGCGAGGUGCCUUUACCGAUGUCAAGGGCGAAGUUUCUUAUGGUGGUAUUGAUCCAAAGACAUUCGCCAACCGUUACCGUGGUCAAGUCUGUUACAACGAAGAAGAAGAUCAGCAUUAUCCCACUUUGACCACCAAGCAAACGCUUCAAUUUGCUCUCCGAACCAAAACGCCCGGCAAACGUCUUCCCGACGAAACCAAGAAGGACUUUGUCAACAAGAUCUUGUAUAUGCUCGGCAACAUGCUUGGUUUGACCAAGCAGAUGAACACCAUGGUCGGUAACGCCUUCAUUCGUGGUCUUUCCGGUGGUGAACGUAAGCGUCUUUCUAUUGCCGAACAAAUGACCACUCAGUCUACCAUCAACUGUUGGGAUUGUUCCACUCGUGGUCUCGACGCUGCUUCCGCUCUCGAUUACGUCCGUUCCUUGCGUAUCAUGACCGAUGUCUUCAACAAGACGACCAUCGCUACCUUGUACCAAGCUUCCAACAGCAUCUUCAACUUGUUUGACAAGAUUCUUGUGCUCGACGAAGGUUACUGCAUCUACUUUGGUCCUUCCAGCCGUGCCAAGGCUUACUUUGAAGAAAUGGGUUUCUACUGCCCGCCUCGUAAAUCCACUCCCGAUUUCUUGACUGGUCUCUGUAAUCCUCUCGAACGUGAAGCCAGGCCCGGUUUCGAAGACUCUGUACCAUCCCAUGCUAAGGAAUUCCAGGAACGUUACUACGCUUCUUCCCUCUACAAGGAUAUGAUGGCCGAAUUGGAAGCUUACGAACAGCAACUCGCUCGCGACAACCAAGCCGACACUUUCCGUGCCGCUGUUGACCAAGAACAUCAAAAGCGUGCCGGUAACAAAGCACCUUACAUUGCCUCCUUUUACCAACAAGUCAAGGCCUUGACUAUCCGCCAAUACCAUUUGCUCAUCAAGGAUAGAGAAGCCUUGAUUUCCCGUUACGGUACCAUUCUUAUCCAAGCUCUGAUUACUGCUUCCUGUUUCUUCAAUCUUCCUUUGACUGGCUCGGGUGCCUUCUCUCGUGGUGGUGCGCUCUUCUUUGCUGUUCUUUUCAAUUCUUUCAUCUCUCAAUCCGAACUCGUCCGUUUCCUUAUGGGUCGUCCCAUUCUCGAAAAACACAAACAAUUUGCCCUUUAUCGACCAUCCGCUUUCUAUAUCGCUCAAGUCGUUAUGGAUGUACCAUACGCGAUCGUUCAAGUGCUUUUGUUUGAAAUCUGUUCGUACUUCAUGAUGGGUCUGAACUUGACAGCUGGCAAAUUCUUUACCUACUUUAUUGUCUUGUUCUUUAUCAACAUGACAAUGAACGGUUUCUUCCGUUUCUUUGGUGCCAUUAGCUCAAGUUUCUUCCUUGCCACUCAAGUCUCCGGUGUUAUUCUCAUUGCUGUCGUUACCUACACUGGUUACGUGAUUCCGUACAAGGCCAUGCAUCCUUGGUUAUUCUGGAUCUAUUGGAUUAAUCCUUUGACCUAUGGUUAUAAGACUUUGCUUAUCAACGAAAUGCACGAUCAAGUUUACUCUUGCGAUGGUGCUGGUAAUGCCGUUCCUUUCGGUCCCGGUUACGACGAUUGGGCCCACAAGGUGUGUACCAUGCAAGGUGGUGUGCCCGGUGAAGCCUUUGUCCGUGGUGAUAGCUACCUCCGUGAAUAUCUGUCCUAUGAACCUAACCACAUCUGGGCUCCCGAUUUCGUCGCUGUUGUCGGCUUCUUCCUCUUGUUUACCGCUGCUACUGCUUUGGCAAUGGAAUGGGGUGGUGUUGCUCGCGUCGGUUCUCUCACUAAGCUUUACUUGCCCGGCAAGGCUCCCAAGCCCCGUACUGAUGAAGAAGAAGAUGAACGUCGUCGUCAACAGGCUAAAGUCACUGAACAAAUGGACAAGAUCGCUGCUGGUACCACUUUCUCUUGGCACCACAUCAACUAUACAGUGCCCAUCAAGGGUGGCAAGAUUCAAUUGCUCAACGAUAUUGCCGGUAUUGUCAAGCCUGGUCAUCUCACUGCUUUGAUGGGUUCUUCCGGUGCUGGUAAAACUACUUUACUCGAUGUCUUGGCUCGCCGCAAGACCUUGGGUAAGGUUGAAGGCCGCGUCUAUCUUAAUGGUGAAGCUCUUAUGACCGACUUCGAACGUCUUACUGGUUACUGUGAACAGAUGGAUAUCCAUCAGCCCGCUGUCACCGUCCGUGAAGCCUUGCAAUUCAGUGCCUACUUGCGUCAACCUCCGGAGGUCCCCAAGGCCGAAAAGGAUGAAUACGUCGAACAAAUUCUCCAGUUGCUCGAAAUGGACGAUAUUGGUGAUGCUCAGAUCGGUAGUGUUGAAUCCGGCUUUGGUAUUUCCGUUGAAGAACGCAAACGUUUGACCAUUGGUAUGGAACUGGUUGGCAAGCCUCAGUUGCUUUUCUUGGAUGAACCUACCUCUGGUUUGGAUGCUCAGUCGUCGUACAACAUUGUCCGCUUCAUUCGCAAACUUGCUGAUGCCGGCUGGCCUGUGCUUUGUACUAUCCAUCAACCUUCUGCCGUCUUGUUUGAACAUUUCGAUCACUUGUUGCUCUUGGUCCGUGGCGGCCGUACUGCUUACUAUGGUGAAAUUGGUCAAGACGCCCGUACCAUGAUCAAUUACUUUGAAUCCAAUGGUGGUCCCAAGUGUUCCAACGAUGCCAACCCUGCUGAAUAUAUUCUUGAAGUCGUCGGUGCCGGUACGGCUGGUAAGGCUACGCGCGAUUGGGCCGAUAUCUGGGCCAAUUCGUCUGAAGCCAAGGCCUUGGAAGAAGAAUUGGAAGAAAUUCAUCAAACCGCCAACGCCAACCCCACUCGUCCCGCUCGUACUUACGCUACUCCUUUCGGUACCCAGUUCAACCUCGUCUUCAAGCGUAUGACCAUGUCCUACUGGCGUGCUCCCAACUACAAUAUUGGUCGUCUUUGCAAUGUCAUGUUUACUUCUCUUGUUACCGGUUUCACUUACUGGAAGCUGGGCAACAGCUCCUCGGAUAUGAUGAACAAGCUUUUCGCUCUUUUCUCGACCUUCAUUAUGGCCAUGACGUUGAUUAUUCUCGCUCAACCCAAGUUUAUGACUGAACGAUUGUACUUCCGCCGCGAAUAUGCUUCCCGUUACUAUGGUUGGUUGCCUUGGGCUAUCUCGGCUAUUCUUGUCGAAAUGCCUUACAUCGUGUUCUACGCCGCUUUCUACAUGUUCGGCUUCUACUGGACCGCUGGUAUGACCAACAAUUCGGAAACUGUCGGAUACUUUUAUAUUAUUUUCGUCUUCCUCGUGUUCUGGGCCGUUACUCUCGGUUUCGUGAUUGCUGCGGUGGCUGAAUCUCCUACCAUGGCGGCUGUCAUCAACCCGCUUAUCAUCUCCAUGUUGAUUCUGUUUGCUGGUCUUAUGCAAACACCUUCUGCCAUGCCUCGCUUCUGGAGUGCCUGGAUGUACUGGCUUGAUCCUUUCCAUUAUUACAUCGAAGGUCUCACUGUCAACGAAUUGGAAAAUCUCACCAUCGAGUGUAGUGAUCAAGAUUUGCUCAAGUUCACUCCACCGGCCGGUCAAACCUGUGGUCAAUACAUGCAACGUUUCUUUGAAGAGUUCCAUGCUCCUGGUUAUAUCGCCGACCCUAAUGCCACCGAUAUGUGCGGUUACUGUUCCUACAAGUCUGGCAGAGAAUUCUACACCACUAGCUUUGGCUGGGACGAAGCGAACAAGUGGCGCAAUCUUGGUAUCCUUAUUGCCUUCUUCGCUUUCAACGUCUUUGUGUUUGUCGGUCUCGUUUACUGGAAGCGCAAGGGUAGACGUUAAAGAAGUAUUCUUCUGUGUUCCUUUUUUUUUCAUUAUCAUUUAAAACCCAUUAAUCUAGACUUUUUUUUUUCUUCUCUCUCUCUCUCCUCUAUAUACAAACCAUCUUUACAACAUUUUAUUUUUCUUCUAUUGAAGUACAAAUUUCAUACAUACAUGUAAAUAAUAAAAUGAGCAUUCAUUUUUUUUUUUCACUUGA